AGCAGCGCAGCCAAAAUGGGCAACCAGAGUCAAUGGGGCAGCCAACCAGGGUCUCCCUCCCUCCCCUGGCAAGUGCCAACCACACUGACUCACCCCACACGGUCGCACCGCGCUAGUGCCAGUGCCACUGUGCGGCUCGCCCACAUGCCCCGAGCUUCCAACCCAAGCAAACCCCACGCCACCCCCACCACCCGACGGCUCGCACCGCGGAGCUUCGCCCCACUCCCAGCCGAGGCCCUCCCGCACCGGGCCCCGACCCUCCCCCACUGUCCCGCUCCAUUGCGACGGCGGCGCCCGCCGCCGCCGCGCCCCAUGGCCACCCUCCUCUCCCAAACCCUACCCACGCUGCUGCUGCUGCUCGUCGCGGCCGUUCGGGCGUCCGGCGCCGGGGGCGGCGGCGGCGAGCGGGGGGCCCUGCUCAGCUUCAAGGCGGCCGUGACCGCCGACCCGGGCGGGCUCCUCCGCGCCUGGUCCCCGGCGUCGCCCGACCACUGCCUCUGGCCGGGCGUGUCGUGCGGCGCGUCCGGCGAGGUCGUGGCGCUCAACGUAUCCGCCUCCCCCGGCCGCCGCCUGGCGGGCGCGCUCUCCCCGUCCGUCGCGGCGCUGCGCGGCCUCCGCGCGCUCGCGCUCCCCUCCCACGCGCUCUCCGGCCCGCUCCCCGCCGCGAUCUGGUCGCUGCGCCGCCUCCGCGUGCUCGACCUCUCCGGCAACCGCCUCCAGGGCGAGAUCCCGCCGUUGCUCGCCUGCGCCGCGCUGCACACGCUGGACCUCGCCUACAACCAGCUCAACGGCUCCGUGCCCGCCGCGCUCGGCUCGCUCAUGGUGCUCCGGCGCCUCUCGCUUGCCUCCAACCGCCUGGGCGGCGCCAUCCCCGAUGAGCUGGGUGGUGUCGGCUGCCGCAGCCUGCAGUUCCUCGAUCUCUCCGGGAACCUCCUCGUCGGCGGCAUCCCCCGGAGCCUGGGGAACUGCAGCAAGCUGGAGGCGCUCUUGCUCUCCUCCAACCUGCUGGAUGACGUCAUCCCGCCGGAGAUUGGACGCCUCAGCAAUUUGCGGGCUUUGGAUGUGUCGAGGAACAGCCUGAGCGGCCCUGUGCCAGCGGAGCUCGGUGGUUGUGUUGAACUUUCAGUUUUAGUGCUGUCCAACCCUUAUGCGCUGGUUGGUGGUUUGAAUGCAUCGGAUGGUGAGGAUGUUGAGGACUUCAACUAUUUCGAGGGAGGGAUUCAGGAUGUUGUUGCUGCGUUGCCGAAGCUGAGGGUGCUAUGGGCGCCAAGAGCUACACUGGAGGGGGAGUUGCCGGGGAACUGGAGCUCUUGCCAGAGCUUGGAGAUGGUGAACUUGGGAGAGAAUUUGAUCUCUGGUGGAAUUCCCAAAGGGCUGUUGGACUGCAAGCAUCUCAAGUUCUUGAAUUUGAGCUCGAACAAGUUAACAGGUUCAGUUGAUCCAUCACUUCCUGUGCCCUGCAUGGAUGUGUUUGAUGUCAGCGGAAACCGGCUGUCUGGCUUGAUCCCAGUGUUUCUCUCAAAGGAUUGCCCUUCAUCUCAGCUCCCAUUUGAUGACCUGGUGUCAGAAUACUCUUCCUUCUUUGCAUAUCAGGCGAUUGCGGGCUUCUUUUCAUCUUCAGCAGUCAUGGCUACUGAUUUGACGAGUUACCAUAGUUUUGCCCAGAACAAUUUUACUGGAACAGUGACAUCCUUGCCGAUUGCUGCCGAGAAGCUGGAAAUGCAGGGAUCCUAUGCUUUCCUUGCUGAUGGGAAUAAUCUUGUCGGUGAGUUGCAACCUGGCCUAUUCAACAAGUGCAACAGUUCAAGGGGUUUCAUGGUGGACGUUAGCAACAACCUGAUAACAGGAGGUAUCCCUGUAGAGAUUGGAUCGUUGUGCACUUCUCUUGUUGUUCUUGGUGUUGCUGGUAACCGCCUUUCUGGUUUGAUACCGACAAGUAUUGGGCAGUUGAAUUAUCUUAUCAGCUUGGAUUUGAGCAGGAACCAGCUUGUUGGUGAAAUUCCGACUUCUGUCAAGAACUUACCACAUUUGGAGCUACUCUCUUUGGGUCAUAACCUUCUAAAUGGAACUAUUCCAAAUGAUAUUAAUCAUCUGCAAUCUCUGAAGGUUUUGGACCUGUCCUCAAACCGCCUCUCCGGAGAGAUCCCUCAUGCACUGGCUGACUUGACAAAUCUCACUGCCCUCCUCCUUGAUAAUAAUAAACUCACUGGGAAGAUACCGGCCGAAUUUGCCAAUGCGGCAUCUCUUACCAUGUUUAACGUGUCAUUCAACAAUUUGUCUGGUCCAGUGCCAACAAAUAGCAGUGCAGUUGGAUGUGACAGCAUUAUUGGAAAUCCUUUGCUACAAUCUUGUCACACAUAUACCCUGGCUGUUCCCUCCGCUGGUCAGCAGGGUCGUGAUCUGAAUUCAUACGACAACGAUACAGCACCUGUGGAUCCACAAAACCAAGGAGGAAAUAGUUCAUUCAAUGCAAUUGAAAUAGCUUCGAUAACAUCAGCAACAGCUAUUGUUUCAGUCCUUCUUGCUCUGAUUGUACUAUUUAUUUACACAAGAAAGUGUGCACCCUUUAUGUCAGCUCGAUCAUCUGGAAGAAGGGAAGUUAUAAUCUUCCAAGAAAUCGGAGUGCCGAUCACUUAUGAGACUGUUGUUCGAGCUACUGGAACUUUCAACGCAAGCAAUUGCAUUGGAAGUGGGGGUUUUGGAGCCACCUACAAAGCUGAAAUUUCACCUGGAGUCUUGGUAGCUAUAAAGAGGCUUUCUGUUGGGAGAUUCCAGGGAUUGGAACAGUUCCAUGCCGAGAUCAAAACUCUUGGGAGAUUAAGACAUCCUAACCUUGUUACCUUGGUAGGCUACCAUCUUGGUGAAUCUGAAAUGUUUCUCAUAUAUAACUACUUGCCUGGAGGAAAUCUUGAGAGAUUCAUACAAGAGAGAUCAAAGAGACCAGUAGAGUGGAAGAGGCUGCACAAGAUUGCUCUGGACAUUGCAAAAGCACUCGCUUAUCUGCAUGACACUUGUGUACCUAGGAUCCUUCAUCGUGACGUGAAACCAAACAAUAUUUUGUUGGACACUAACCAUAAUGCUUACCUCUCAGACUUUGGACUGGCAAGGCUCUUGGGAAAUUCGGAAACCCAUGCAACCACUGGUGUUGCUGGAACUUUUGGAUAUGUUGCUCCAGAAUAUGCUAUGACAUGCCGUGUUUCAGAUAAAGCCGAUGUGUAUAGCUAUGGUGUUGUACUGAUGGAGCUAAUAUCAGACAAGAAGGCCUUGGAUCCAUCAUUUUCUCCUUAUGGCAAUGGGUUUAACAUAGUUGCCUGGGCAUGCAUGCUGCUCCGCCAAGGCCGUGCUCGUGAUUUCUUCGUCGAUGGUUUGUGGGAUGUGGGCCCGCAUGAUGACUUGGUAGAGGUGUUGCAUUUAGCAGUGAUGUGCACCGUUGAAUCGCUCUCUAUACGACCAACUAUGAAGCUAGUUGUUCAACGACUAAAGCAACUCCAGCCCCCAAUGCGAGAACACCGAUGAGGGCGCAUGAUUCACUUACUGAACGUGUAGAAGGUACAGAUAACUGUAACUUGGGGCCCUUGAUGUUUUUUCUUCUUCUAAUCAAUUGUUUAACUAGAUUUUAUCUUGUAGAUCCCAGCUUUGUAUAAUAUAGUUCUCCACUUAAUUGCCAACUACUGUAUCUGCAGAUAUGACAAGCAGAUGUAAAUUAACAAUCUUAGUUCUAAAGAUUUGAUUCACGAUUGGCUGACUCCAUCGUUUA